CUUUCCCCGUUAGCAAUCUGACAAACUUCGAUUCAAAGCGUGUUUGACGGAGACGUAACUUGUUUUUUGAAAUUUCGAAUGUCGCGAAGGCCGUUCGGUAGCAGUGCCCAUAGCGGCGGAUUUGGAAGCCAUAUGAGCCGAGCCGCGCCUGAGGCUGUGAUGCUGCAGCAACAGCAAGGGGAGAACCCCAUGGCACCGGCAAUGCUGGGUGGCGGGCUGCUGCCGAGCAAGUCGUCGUCGGCGUCGGCGUCCUCGCGGCUUGGCAAUGCCGGUGGCAGUGGGAUGCUUGGAUCUGGCUUCCCCGUGGCCAAGCAGAUGGGCGGCGGCGGCGGUAGCGGCGGCGGAGGCAGCGCAGGGCCUCGUACGGUGUUUGGCAAUGUUUCAAACGCUCAAAACGGUUUCAAAGCAUCGACAAACCCGGCAUCCGCCAAGCACAGCAACAAGAGCGCAGGCGCACGGCCGUCGCUGUUCAUGGGCGCACCGCUCAUGCAAACAGCAGCGGCGGCAGCGCGACACCCGCGGGAAGAGCUCAUUGAGCGCGAGUACAUGGCGCCGCCAAUGGAAGAUCUGCCAUACGAACCGUACGAUUUAGGAUUUGAUUCAUAUUUUCGCGCCAUGCCGCAGCCGCAACGACGUGCGGGGGCGUCCACGACACUAGUUACAUCAUCUUCAUUAUCCAGUUCACUCGAUGUAGACGCGCUUGCAGAUUUCGACCCCUUUGCCGAUAUGGACAUGCCAAAGGACGCUGAUUUUGUAGAGGAGCCACUUUCGCCAAUGGAGAUGCCAGCCGAUGACGAGGGUCAAUGGUGAUUGACAAGUUUUGCUUCAAGUUACAUCUCCAUUUGUUUUGUUUGUUUCUCUUCUACUCCUCUUAUCUCUCUCUCUCCCUCUCCCCCCCCCCGCGUGUUGCAAGCACGUUGAUUGUCUCUCGCACCCUCUUGAAGGAGUUUUCAAGUGUGUCGUGAGGCUGAAUUGUCUGUGUAUAGAAGCCAAAAAUUAAGGACGAUUGAUUUACC